GAAAUCACCCAUAUUUUUUUAAUAUUAUCACACGCAUACAUACAAACCUGCGCUCACUUCUAAAAACACACUCCCGCAUUUUGCCCUUUUGACUCUUAUUUGUUUGUUUUUUUUCCGACUGUUAACCCUCCCGUCCUCCACUUCAAAAGCUUCUCCACCACAGCUUAAUACGAGCAAGAAACGAAGAACAGAGAGAGAUUCGCAGUCCUGAUCUACAAUGAGGAACCGCAAUCGAUUAGAUAACAACAGCAGCGAACAAGCGAGAGGAAGUCCUCACCUUCUCCGCCUCGACGUGAGCAAAGCGGCGCCGCCACCGAGUUUUUUCCGAUGCCCCAUCUCCCUAGAGGUGAUGCUAUCGCCGGUGAGCCUCUGUACCGGCGUCACCUAUGACCGCUCCUCUAUCCAACGCUGGCUCGACGCCGGCAACACAACUUGCCCCGCCACCAUGCAGUCUCUUUCCUCCACUGAGCUCGUCCCCAACCUCACCCUCCGCCGCCUAAUCCACCUCUGGUCCUCCUCCUACACCUCCUCUUCCCAUCAAUAUAUUCCAUCGUCUCUCUCUGAACUCGCCCGCAUGCUUUCGGAUCCCACGGCCGACGAAGACUACAAGCUACGUCUCCUUUCCUCUGACGCCCUCCGUCCCUCCGCCCUCGCUUCCCUGUUCCUCGCCCCUGAAACCCUCGAUAUCGGCGUAACCCUUGUCUCCCUUCUCCUCUCCCUCGAUCUCGUCGACGCGGAGCGCAAACGAGAGUUGGUCGCCGCUCUGUUGUCAGAUCUCGACGCAACGGUAGCCGGCCUUGUUGCCGUUUUCAAGGGCGCCGAGUAUUCGUCUUCUCGGGUGGCCGCCGCUAGAGUAUUGGAAAUGUUGAUUGCGGAGGAGAGGACGGCUAUGGCGGGGAAGCCUGUUAUGGUGACGGAGCUGGUUAGGUUAAUUGGGGAAUCCGAUGGUGAAGCUGUGGAUGCGGGACUGCGAUGCUUGACGAGACUUGUUGGAGCGGGAAGGAGGAUGAGGGCGGAGAUGGUGAGAAUGGGGGUAAUACCUGCACUGACGAAUGUGAUGGAGAGAGAGGAGGUUCAGAUCCCGGCCGCGGCGGUAGAAAACGCGAUGCGGGUUAUGGUAGCGGCGGUGGGGAUUGGGGAGGGGAGGGCCGCGUUCUGCGCAGAGGCGGAGAGGAACGUCGCGGCGGUGGUGGGGAGGAUGAUUAAGGUAGGGAAUGAAGGAAGGGAGGCUGCUGUGGGGGUUCUAUGGAGAGUUUGCUGCUGCGGCGGCGGGGAUCGGCGGGCAAGGAAGGCGGCGGCUGUGGCAAAGGGAGGAUUGGGGAAGAUAUUGGUGGUGAUGCAGGGGGAUUGCUCGCCGUUGGUGAGGAGGAUGGCCGUCGAUUUGCUUAGGGUUUUCCGUGCGACUUCGAAGAGCUCGAUGACGGCUGCGGGAUAUGAUUCCAUGACGAUACACAUUACGCCGUAUUGAAACAAUUGGGGAAGGUUUGCAAAUAUGUUCCAAAUAAAAAGCAAAUGAAGUAAUUGGAAUUUGUUUUAUCAUUGUAAAUGUUUUUAGAUGAAGAACGCAUCAAAUGAAAUGAAAUUUGAAUUCGUGCAGUACGUUUAUGAAA